GUGUGUGCAAAUAGUAUUCAUGAGGCAUCUGCAAAAGCUUUGCGGCCACCAUCAAUGGAAUGCCAACAAGAGGCAACCGCAAAAAAAAAAGGGAUGACAAAAAGGAUACGCUGGCAACAACGAGAUCUGCUGCAUUAGGGCUUCGAUCAACGGAAUCAGUCGCAAUUUGACAGCUGAGUUGGAAACAUGAAAUGUCGCUUGGCGCAGAAGUUCCUGUUGUUGCGGCUACUCUCGAUGCUUUGCCUUACACAAGACAGCCGAGCAAUGCUCUUUCGAACUUCUAGGGCAGAGUGCAAUUCAUUGGAUCUGGCCUUUUGCUACUUCAAGAGCUGCGAAAUGUGGAGCAAAAAUGCACGCACCAAAAUCAAUUUUUAUGUAGCCGUGCGUUACAAGGAGCCCAUCGAUGACAUUACCAUAAACCUGGCUCUCUAUCGUAUCACAAAAACCUACCGCAUGCCCAUCAUAAAUGAGACGAUCGAUUAUUGUGCCCUCAGUAGUCGCUCUUUUGCAUCGAGACUUUUCAAUUUUGCCGUUUUGCCCGUAUUCAAAUGUUCGAAUUUGAAUUACACGUGUCCCGUUCAGCAGGAUGUUAUCGUCAACGGAACAGUCAGUGAUAAUAGUUUAGUUACCGAAAUACCUGCGCCUAAGGGAAAUUAUAUAUUCAAUUUUCGCGUGGCCGCAUUCAAAAAAUGGAAAGCGGAUGUCAAGAUUUAUUCGAAGGUGGUGAAUAAUUAUUGAUAUAAAUCAAAGCCACUAUUUGUGGCAAGUUGCUAA